GUUACUCGCAAGUUCUUCAAUGUGCCGUUAUUAAAUAUGUAAGGAUAUGUUAAGGGAGGUACUCGUAUAAUAAUGUGGUAUUCACUUAUUAUGGUUGCUGUCUUUGGACUUGUUUUCCAGCAAUUUCUUAGUUACAGAGAUUGGAUGGACUGGUCUUCAAAAGAUGUUAUGAAUGUAAACCCGGGUGCCUGCGAAACCAUCAUAAAGGAGGGCGGAUCCGAGGAUAUAACACAUAUAGGAAACGGAAUCAUGUUAAUGUCGACGGGUUUUGGCUUUCUCGGUCCUCCAGGCAAAAUGAAAGCUGUGGAUUUGAACAAUGGUAACAAGGUGAUUACAUUAAACAUGACAAAUAUACCUUCUAGGGAAGACUUUUUGUCGUCUCCUCACGGUAUUACAACAUGGCGAGAUCCUAAUACAGAUCAGUUAUUCCUCUAUGUCGUAACCCAUCCGCCCUCUGAAGAUCAUAUAGAAGUGUUUGAGGUCCUCAAAUCCUUAACGUUGAGAUAUGUCAAGACGAUAAAAGAUCCAAAGUUUGACUUUAUGAAUGAUCUUGUGGCCGUGGGAAAGGAUAAGUUCUACAUCACUUACUUUGCCAGAUUUCGUGAUUACAACCGAUAUAUGAUGGAAACGCUGAUGGGCAUGAAAAACGGUGCAAUAUUUUAUUAUGAUGGACACAGGGCUCGGGAGGUUGCAUCUGGCUUUCACCUUCCCAACGGAAUCAACAUCUCUCCAAACAAAAAAGUAAUAUACCUCGCAGAAGCCGCUGCUAAGAAAAUAAGAGCAUUCCGUAGAGAUUCUACAAACAAUCUUGUUGAAAUCUGGAGUAAUGAUAUUGGAACCAUCCCUGACAAUAUUGAUGUUGACCCCGAUACGGGGGACCUUUGGAUAGGAUCCCAUCCGAUAUUAUGGAAAGCUAUUGACACAUAUUUUGGAUCUAUCCCUCCUUGUCAAGUUCUUCGUCUGAAGAUGCGUGAGAAUACGAUUUCGGAAAUAGAGAUGAUUUACCAAAACGACGGAACUGAAUGUACGUCUUCCACUGUUGCCUCAUACACUGCUGGAAAGAUGAUCAUCGGAACUGUUCAUGCACAGGCCCUUGUCUGUGACGUGGGAUAUCUGUCAAAAAACUAAAAGCUAAAUGCAUAUAAGCUUUACAAUGUCGCUACUGGUGACUUGCAAUUACCAAUUCCACCCAUGGACAGGCUCAAUCAAACCGAACCUGCAACAUUUUCAAUUUUGUUGUUUUUUGGACUUUUUUUAGAGAUUCUGUUUUUUUUCUAUUUUAUAUUAUUGAUGAUUUUGGCAUGUACCUGUUUUUACGCUGAACAAAUACUUUUUUAUUAGAGAUUUUGAGAUUUAAAAAUAAUGUUUACAAUGUCUGGCCAGCUUUUUUAUAACAUUCAUUUUGGAUGUACCAGUUAUAUUUUCCCGUCAUCUUUUGUGAACAUACAAAGAGAAGACAAAGACAAUUUGUUGUCCAUAAUGUCAUUUAAAGAGUUAAUACAGACACAAGUUUACGCAUUUCUACAUUUAUUUUAUCAUCCGGACAAUGAUAAGUGUUGAAACACAAGUAAUGCUAUUGUAUUUAUACAGACAAUUUUAUAUAGAUAUUUUUAUAGUGUCAGUUUACUCGACAGUUUAAUUUACAUUUCUUUCAUUUUUAUCAUUGGUGAUUAAAAAUUGUAGUUGCCUUAAUAUUUAGUAUAGAUUUUACGGUUUUUACUUUGAAAUUUGCAUGUUCUCUUGAAAAAAACAACAUUUUAAUCAGAUUGAGUAUUAUUUAUACAACACUGACCAAAUGUAUACCUAUCAUCAAGGAAAUAGAGAAGAAUUUAUUUGAUUUUGGAAUGUCAAAUUCAACAUGUAUUGAACAAAAUUUCAUAUCAUAGAAGUCAUUUGUCUAUAUGUAACCCCAGCAUACGCAUUUCGUUGUAAACAUGAUAUGUUUUCAUGUUGAAAAGUACAUGUAAAAUAAAAUAAUUAAUAAAAAUAACAUUUAAGGUUUGUUUAUAAUUCUUAUAUACGAAUACGCAAACAUAACACGGUGAUAAUUGACACUGUUUAUCAGAUAUUAUUAUGGUGGCUGAUUUUUGCCAUUUCUUUAUUUUGUUAUUUUAUCGCGGUUGAAAGGACGACACGAAGAGUGUUAGAAUGAGAAAUAUAUAUUUUCCGUUUUGCUGUGCUCUGUUUUAGAUUUAUCUGCAACGCGACGUUAUUUUUUAUCGCCUUAUAUUUGGCGUAUUGGUGCCUUAAAUUGGCGUUUUAUUAAACUGUCAUCUGUGCUUCCUACCGAUACGACAACACGGCCCUUCAGGCGCGGCAAAACGAAAUCGAGAAUUAAUAAUCAACCACCAUGCAAGUGCAAAUUGGUAAUUGUUCAGGUUCUUGCCAACAGAGGUGCUGAAUUUUCAAUUGUAUAAAAUAAUACGUAUUGCUUCCUCAUGUAAAAUAUUGUAGUAACAAUUAUAGAUAAUAGUUGAUCUGAGCUUGAUAAGGAAUAUUUAAAUUCUGCUUGUCAAAACUUAAACACUAUUCUAAUAAAAAAUGAAGA